AUGAUUAGACUCACCCAGUCACAAGUAGUUAAUGCAACAUAUCAUCUUACUAAUUCAAAUGAAAUUGAAGAAGAUGUCCCGUUUGCUUCCUUAUCAGAUGAUGGAGAUGAUGAAUUACCUCAAGAUUCUAGAACAUUUGUAAGUGAAGAAGAAUUAAGACAUGUAUUGCAAUUGGAAACAUAUGUAAUUAUUUCUAAUCAAGUAUUUGUUAGCAAUUUGGUAAAUAUUCAAGAUGAUGAUAGUAAUAAUAAUAAUGAUGAUGAUUAUGUUGAAAAUUAUAUUGGGGAUACAGAUUAUAAUGUUAAUAUAUUAGUGGAUGAUAUUUUAAAUAAUGAAAUUGAUUAA